CAGGGGAGUCGCUAUAUAAUGAAAGUGGUGCGCAGCCCCUAACGUUACCCGGCUGGGAGCGGCUGGAACCCGGAUCUCGGCUGGGGUUCGGCGGCCGCGCACCUCCGUGCGGAGCGGCCCGCGAGGCGGCGGCGGCGGCGGCGGCGGAGGCGCGGCGAGCGUUGGCGGAGCGGGGGGCGGCUCUGCGCGGCUCCGAGUCAUGGCUCACAACAAGAUCCCGCCGCGGUGGCUCAACUGUCCCCGGCGCGGCCAGCCGGUGGCAGGAAGAUUCUUACCUCUGAAGACAAUGUUAGGACCAAGAUAUGAUAGUCAAGUUGCUGAAGAAAAUCGGUUCUAUCCCAGUAUGCUCUCAAAUUAUCUAAAGAGUUUGAAGGUUAAAAUGGGCUUGCUGGUGGAUUUGACAAAUACUUCGAGGUUCUAUGACAGAAACGACAUAGAAAAAGAAGGAAUCAAAUAUAUAAAACUUCAGUGUAAAGGACAUGGUGAGUGUCCUACAACUGAGAAUACCGAGACAUUCAUUCGGCUGUGUGAGCGGUUUAAUGAAAGAAACCCACCUGAACUUAUAGUAUUCCAUCAUCUGGAUAUACUACAGCAUGUUCAUUCUCCUGUUGAUGGGCAUUUCUUUCAAGUGUUCCUGGACUACCUGCAUCAGAAUUGCCUGAGGGAAAAAAAAAAGAAAAGAAAAACAAAUUGCCUGAAGGUCCUUAUUAGAAAUGUGUUCAUUGUACCCAUGGCUUCAAUCGUACCGGUUUCCUCAUAUGUGCCUUUUUGGUGGAGAAAAUGGAUUGGAGAGGAAGCACCAGCCCCACCUGUAUUGCCAGAUUGGUGUUUUGAGGAUGAUGAAGAGGAAGAUGAGGAUGAGGAUGUAAAGAAGGAACCAGAACCUGGGUCAAGUGCCUCCUUUGGCAAAAGGAGAAAAGAACGGUUAAAACUGGGUGCUAUUUUCUUGGAAGGUGUAACGGUUAGAGGUGUAACUCAAGUAACAACUCAACCGAAGUUAGGAGAAGUACAGCAGAAGUGUCGUCAAUUCUGUGGCUGGGAAGGGUCUGGAUUCCCUGGAGCACAGCCUGUUUCCAUGGACAAGCAAAAUAUUAAACUUUUGGAGCAGAAUCCAUAUAAAGUAAGCUGGAAAGCAGAUGGUACUCGGUAUAUGAUGUUGAUUGAUGGCACAAAUGAAGUUUUUAUGAUUGAUAGAGAUAAUUCAGUGUUUCAUGUUUCAAAUCUGGAAUUCCCAUUUCGUAAAGAUCUCCGUAUACAUUUAUCAAAUACUCUGUUGGAUGGGGAAAUGAUUAUUGAUAAAGUAAAUGGACAAGCUGUACCUAGAUAUUUGAUUUACGACAUAAUUAAAUUCAAUGCACAACCAGUUGGAGAUUGUGAUUUUAAUGUUCGUCUUCAGUGUAUAGAACGAGAAAUAAUAAAUCCUCGACAUGAAAAAAUGAAGACUGGGCUCAUUGACAAAACACAGGAACCAUUUAGUGUCAGAAAUAAGCCAUUUUUUGACAUUUAUACUUCAAGAAAGCUACUUGAAGGAAAUUUUGCAAAAGAAGUUAGCCAUGAAAUGGAUGGACUUAUUUUUCAGCCUACUGGAAGACUUCUCUUUGGCACAUGGCCAUUCUCUACCUCUAAAGCCAGCCUCUGCUCUUACUUGAAAUAUAAACCUGGUCGAUGUGAUGAUAUUUUAAAAUGGAAACCUCCCAGUCUGAAUUCUGUGGAUUUUCGCCUAAAGAUAACAAGAAUGGGAGGAGAAGGGUUGCUUCCUCAGAAUGUUGGACUUCUUUAUGUUGGAGGUUAUGAAAGACCCUUUGCACAAAUCAAGGUGACAAAAGACCUAAAACAGUACGACAACAAAAUUAUAGAAUGCAAAUUUGAGAACAACAGCUGGGUCUUCAUGAGACAGAGAACAGACAAAAGUUUUCCUAAUGCCUACAACACUGCCAUGGCUGUAUGCAACAGCAUCUCCAACCCUGUCACCAAGGAGAUUCUGUUUGAGUUCAUUGACAGAUGUGCAGCUUCUCAGGGACAGAAACGAAAGCAUCAUCUGGAUCCUGACACGGAGCUCAUGCCUCCACCACCUCCCAAAAGACCUCGCCCUUUGACCUAAGUCCUGCCUCUGACUUCAGGAUUGAGAGGAGAGAUGAAUGAGAAAAAUGCUGUCGCCCCAUUUGCAGCCAGAGAAAUUCAACAAACAGUGUGGCUUGAUGUUGAUACACAUUUGAAUUUUUUUUUAAAAAGAAAAGUAUUGUAGCCAGGCUGUAAAUAUUUGACUCAUUUGUUUUCUUAGUGCUACAAUAAAUACAUCAUGGACUUAAACAUUUUAUUUAUAUUUGAUAAACCCAGCCUUACCUUGUGGAAUCUGAAGAUUGAAAUAUCCAAAGGUUUGAACAAGAUUGAAAUCAAUGAAAAAGAGGCCUUGUUUAUAUAUGGAUAACUUCUACCUUUAACUUACAAAGUUAGCAAUCUGGAACUGUGAGCGCCUAGAACACUGUAUUUUUUAGAAGUUGUAUUUCAGCUAUGGUAAAUUUUCCUUUUAAAAAAUUCAGGCAGUGGCAUUAAACAUUCUUCCUAUCCUUUA